AUGUCGUCGGUCAAGACCGUAUUCGUCUGCGGCGGCACGGGAACCCAGGGAGGAGCGCUUGCCCGACAGCUCCUACCCAAGGGCGUCGCGGUGCACACCAUGACUCGGGAUCCGUCGUCAGCGGCGGCCAAGAAGCUCGAGUCCCUAGGCGCCAAGCUAUUCCGGGGCAGCUUCGACGAGGAAGAGGUGAUCAGGCGCGCCGUGCAGGGGGUCGACGCCAUCUUCCUCAACUUCAUGCCGAACCUCAGCAACCCGCAGGGCGACAUCAAGCACGCACGUUCCAUCAUGCGGCUGGCCAGGGAGGCGGGGGCGCGACACGUCGUCUACAGCAGCGGGCUGGGUAUCGACAGGCUGGAGGUGCUGCUGCAAGACCAGGUGGGCGGCGAGAGGAGCGCCCUGUCGGCGGGCGCAGAGAGAAGUCCCCUGCUGGCGAGCGGCUUCUUCAACGUCAAGGUGGAGAUCGAGGAGGCGGUGGCGUCGGCCGGGUUCGACACGUGGGCUGUGCUCCGGCCGGCCUUCUUCAUGGCCAACUUUGUGCUGCCAAAGGUGGCCAUGUACCCGGGCCUGGCCGAGACGGGAAGGGCCAACACGGCGUGGCGGCACGACACGCUGCUCCCGCUCGUGGACGACGAGACGAUUGGCGUGUUUGCGGCGGCCGCCGUGCUGGAGCCGGAAAGGUUCGACGGCAAAAAGUUGGACGUCGCCGACGAGCUGCGCACCGUGGACGAGUGCCUGGGCAUGCUGGGAGACGCGACGGGCAGGGAUCUGAGGCUGGUGGAGCUGACGGAUGACGAGGUCGAGGACCGGAUAACUACUAACCUGUUUACGGCCGGGGAGCUUCUCACGAGGAGGCUGGCCGAGUGCCUCGACUUUGACGCGGUGAAGCGGCUGGGGCUGCCGCUGAGCAGCUUUGACAAGUUCCUGCAGAGAGAGAAGGAUAUCGUCUUGGCUACAUACAAGAACGCGCCGGCAAAGGUCUAG